UACCUAAACAUUUAUACUUGAAUCCAACAAAUAACAUCACUAUUUAACAUUUAUACUCAUACAAUAAAUAAUAAAAUAAUUUUUAACAAUUAAAGUCACUAAAAUAAGGUUAUUUUACUUGGAGAUUCGUAUAUCGAUCAUGCCGGUCAUACAGGUGGUGUCAUGUCGGUUUUAUGACCGGUACGGGUUGAACCAGGUACAACCGGUGGCACGCCGGCCGGCGUGACAACUCUGCUCAAGUCUCUCACCCAAUACACAAUUGCCGUGUAGAACUAGAGAGGUUUUUUUUUUUUUUUUUUUUUGGUUCAAAGAAAUAGAGAGAUUUUUUGGUUUCAGUUCAUCGUUGUUUUUUCUGGCUUUUAAAUCCAUCUCUCUCCGGUCUCACUCGCUCCCAAUCGCAGCGAGACAGGCAAGAAGUCUGCUUCGACAGCCCGGCCGUAGCUGAAGCCAGCUAGCGCCUUCACGGACAGUUAUCGUCCCCGCCGUCAAUGUAGACACCUCGCGCUCCAUCAAGCCUCGCCAAUCCGAAAUUCUCAAAUCAAGCGAACGUUGAAAUUCGCGUCCAGACGAGGAGGAUUGGGAGGCGGAUGGGAUCUGCGCUGGUUGGUAGUUGUACCUGGAUUUCACUUUAGUUCUCUGAAUUUAUCUCAGUCCCCGCCGCCGGUGUAUUCCCUCUUGUCUCUCCGCUGCCCAGGUGAGUUUAGUCCACCACAACUCCACAAGUACAUACUUUUUGACAUUCUACAGAAUAGACCAAGCACGCAAUUGAUGUUGAAUGAUCCAAAUAUAGGGCUUGCCCUCUAUCAGACCUCUUCGCAAUGCUUGAAUCUGUAUUUCUCAAAACGGGGGAGGAUGAUAAAUUUGUUAACUUUGUAGAGCUAUUUGGCUAUGAAAUUAGCCAUUGAAGAAUACCCAUCUCGAUGUCACUAUUGAUAAAUUGUUUUCUUGUUUCAGCUUUUGGGACAAUAUACUACUGGUUUUAGAAGUUGAAGGGGUUUCUUCUUGUGAAGAGUUUGUUUGCCAUCGAGAGCUAUAUAAUGGCUGCAUCUGCUGAAGUUCUUACGCUUGACAAGCGUGCUGAGAGCCACGAUGGAUGGACAAUAGUCUUGCCUCGUGGCAAAAGACGCAGUAGAAAGUUACCUAAAAUUGGAUCUCUGGAGAAACAAGGAGGGAUGAUAGUAUCAUGGACUCCAUCUGAUAUCGAGUCCAGCGAGGACAGGCGAUCGAAGUUGGAACUGAAGAUUGUUGGCUGUAUGAAGAGAGUGGAGAACUCUGUUUUCUAUCAGAAGUUUGUGGAACAGAUGCAAACCCAACAAGUCAUGGACCAUUUUCACAAGGUUCUCGAGGGUUCAGAACAGAAGAAGAUGCAGAUGGUGGUAUAUGGUAUUGGCAGCAUCGAGUCGCACGAAACCCCUCGUCUGCAACUCAGCAUUGCCCUCUUGAUAAAGCGAGAGUUCAGUUGGAUCGGGGAUUUGCAAGUGUUCGAUCCAAUCCUUUCUGCAACCGAGUGUCAAGUUCUCGAAGCUCUCGGCUGCACUGUUCUCUCUGUAAACGAGCAAGGUCGACGUCGAGCAACAAGCCCGACUUUGUUCUUCAUGCCACAUUGUGAAGCAGGUCUGUACAACAACCUUCUGAAGGCGAACUGGGAUGUGGAGGCAAUGAAUCGAGUUGUGCUGUUUGGUAACAGCUUCCAGCUGUAUCGGCAGUAUGCUUCGUUCAAGAACCUGAUAGUGGUUGAUUCAAAUCACAUUUUGGCUGUUGAAAAUAUCACCGACGAGUUUGUGCUGAGUACUGUGUCGGAAGACUAUUUUGCAGCUUUUCAUGAUUCAAGUUGGCAUUUUUUCAGGCCGUGUCUAACGACUGGCCUGCAAGUUUUAGAUGAGAAGUGAACGCCGGUGGUGGUUUUUCAAUGUGCCACAGACUGGCUUUAUCUUAUUGUCAUUGGCAGAAUUGCAGCUGGUUUUUAACUUAUGAUCACAAUUGGUUUGGGUAUGACAGUUUUCUUAUAUAUCUCGUUGGUCUGAAUUAACGGAAACGUAAAUUAGUGUUAUAGAAAGGAGAAUGGAGGCUAAGUCGUAAGUCACAAUGCUUAAACUAAUAACAAGGAGUGUGUAUGGGUAUGUGAUUGCCCAUUCUCUGUCUCUACCACGUGAACCAUUGGAGCUCCUUUUCGUUGUGCUUCUCCCAGUUCGGUUCAAUCCAAGUGCUAUACGUGUAUUCCUUCGUGUCACUCCAGUCACUACUGUUGUGUCCGCUCCAAAAGGUAUGAAAUUUUCUUGUCGCCAGAGAGUAGAACAUGCCAUCUCUCCCACUAAACCUGUCCAGAAACACCUUGUUCCCAACCCUGAAAUCUCCACUCCACUGCUUGUUGCAGAAAACAAAGAAGUAGAGCUCAGAAACAGCAUCGUGUCUUCUAUAUUGUGGAGUUCUUUCCAAGCCAUGGUUGUUUGUUUCAGCUCAAAUACCCGCAGAAACCUCCCCAUGGGACUGUCACAUGUGGCAGAUGACAUGGCGCCAACAAGGUGACAACAUGGCAGCAGCACAUGUGGCAUGCAUGGAAGACUAGUAGCAUAGAGAUGCUCCUAGGAUUCUCCACCUAAAUGAGAGCUUAAUGGUGCACUUAUGGGCUACAUUAUGGGUAGCAUUAUUAGGGUGCAUUAUGGGGGGGACUUUAUGGGGUGUAUUGAUGUAGAGGGACCAUUAUGAGGGGGCAUUGAUGCCUUGUAUGUGGAGAGGCCUAUAUAAGGAGCCAUCUCCCUCACUUGUAACUCAUUCCAUCAUUUUUGAGAGUAAUACACACUAGAGAGUUCU